AGACGGGACCGUGGGCUCUGAGCGGCUGGAAGACGACGGUGCUGUGACAGAGUUUUAAAUAAGAGCUCCAGGUGAGUUACCUGCAGGUAACCACAGCAAUAGGACGGACGCUGAAGCCUGCAUUAGCAGUGAACUGACUCAGAGAACCGUGGAACCCGUUCAGUAACCGUCCCCAUCAUAACAGUCAUUUAAACAUCCUCAGAUCCUCCCCUCAGAACAUCAGCAGAACAUCAUCAGAACAUCAGCAGGGAUGGUCUGUUCUCUCUGCUCGGACCAUCUGAGCCCGACUCUGAGUCCUGGGACCCUGAAACCCCUCAGACACUGGUGGAACCUGUUCAACCAGCCCCAGAAACACAUGAAGAACCCGUGAGACCUGCUGAAGGACUUCAGGACCUGAUGAUCACGAUGAGACGAGCUGGUUCUCAGGAGGGAACUACCUUUCUGUUUUCACACAAACGACAAACACACACAAACACAGUGAAAAGAUGUGUGUGUGUGUGUGUGUGUGUGUGUGUCCGUCGUCUGGGGUGACAGCAGUAAGAAUGUGUGACAUCACAGCGCUCAGCCGUAUAUAAGCUCGGUGUGCAGGUCGUCCACAGACCCGUCCUCACACAGGACAGAACAAACAAACCAAACUGUUGUGGUUGCAAACGUCUGAGCGGGUCACAUGACCGAGCGACGAGCGGCGGGAUCCUGUGGAGUCUGCUGGGAUUUCUGUUGUUAAUCUGGAUUUCUGCUGGAUUCUUUUCUUUCUUCCUUCUGUCAAUGGCUUCUUCAUCCUCCUCUUUCGUUCCUCUCCUCCUCCUCUUCCUCACUGUCGCCGUGGAGUCGAGACCUUCACCUCAGCGGAACGACAGACAGGUGUUACACUCUCUGUUCGGCUCUCGUCUCUCUUCUCUCAUAUUGGCCACGCCUACGUCCGAUGAUGUCACAGAGGGUUCUGCCGGACGCCCCGCCCCUUCCUCCUCCUCUCCCUCUGUAGGAUUGGCGGUGAGUCGCAGUGUUGUGAGGGGAUUGGCGGGAAAACAGGGGGCGGCCCCUCGGUUCUUCCUUGACUUCCUACGGCGACAGGCCAAGAUGAGUAGGCGGAGCCGGAAGUCGAUGGUGGGAGGAAGAGGAUGCUUCGGGAUGAAGAUGGACCGCAUCGGCUCCAUCAGUGGGCUGGGCUGUUAGAGACAUCCAUGUGUUUGUGUUACCAUGGUGACAUCUGUCCUCCAGACUUCCUGUACGUGUUCCAGGAUGCUGCAAAGGAAACCACCCUUCCUCACAGACAAAAGGGUUACCAUGGUAACCUCUGCCCUCCAUGAUGCCUGUUGCCACAGUAACCACUCUCAAGUUUGACCCUGCUUGCGUCAUGUCGCGUCAUUUGACUGGUGUGAUGUCUCAGCAGGUGAACUAGAGCUGACCCUGCAUGACCUCUGACCUCCAGGAUCACCUGGUCCAUCAGUCAGAGACUUCAUGUUGGAACC